UAUAAUUUCUCUAUUUAAAGAUCCUCUAUUAAUACAAGUUUUCAUAAUAUAUUAUAAAUCAAAUUCUAAAAAUUAACAUAUAUUUUCUUAAAGAUCAAGAUGGCAAGUAAUCAAUUCAAUGCUGGUGAAUCUCAUGGCCAAGCUCAGGCCAACACUGAGCAGUGGAUGGAUUCAGCCAAAGGUAUGGCAAAUACUGCAGUUGACAAGGCUGAAAAUGCUGCGCAAAGAGCUAGUGAGACAGCUGAUCAACAAAACACAGACCAAAAUGCUGGAUUCCUUCAGCAGAAAGGAGAGCAAAUGAUGCACAUGGCUCAAGGUGCAAUUGAUGGGGUGAAGAAUUCUCUUGGAAUAGGAUCAGAGAAGAAGUAAAUUAUAAAGAGGAAUUAAUUAAACACAUGGUUUAAUUACCUUUUAAUAUACAUAUUCAUAAUAUUUUAAAAGUAUCCUGUACCUAUAUAUAUUGGGUACAAGUGAUAAUAAUAAUAAUAAAUUAAUAAUAGUAGUUUAUGAUAUAAUUUCAUUUUAAAAAAAAAAGAUUUCUCACAAAUAGCAUUUUUGACUAUAUAUGAUGCUUAGAGAGGUAAUUAUUAAUAUUGUUAUGUAAUAAAGAUGCUUUAAGAAAUUAAAGGUUUAUUUGGUUUGGAAA